ACCUUCGGGCUACUGAGACGAAGGGCCAGAAAGGCCACCCACGCACUGCUGAGGCCCCGCCCCCUCUCGCUGGCAUUCCCGCUCCUCCAGCGGAAGCCGGAAGGAAAAGUGGGCCCGGCUAGCCCCGCGGCUCCGAACUCGGUGGUCUUGGAGGCAACGCAGGAUUGGGGAGAAGAUGGCGGAUGAGGACAGGUUCCCCAACACAACUCAUGACGGUCUCAAUGUCACCCUCCAUACCACCCUGGCCAUCACGACAAAACUGGUGCUCCCGACCCCUGCCAAGCCCAUCCUCCCUGUGCAGACAGGGGAGCAGGCCCAACAGGAGGAGCAGUCGAGCGGCAUGACCAUUUUCUUCAGCCUCCUCGUCCUAGCUAUCUGCAUCAUAUUGGUGCAUUUACUGAUCCGAUACAGAUUACAUUUCUUGCCAGAGAGUGUUGCUGUUGUUUCUUUAGGCAUUCUCAUGGGAGCAGUUAUAAAGAUUAUAGAGUUUAAAAAACUGGCAAAUUGGAAGGAAGAAGAAAUGUUUCGUCCAAACAUGUUUUUUCUCCUCUUGCUUCCACCCAUUAUAUUUGAGUCAGGAUAUUCACUCCACAAGGGUAACUUCUUCCAAAACAUUGGUUCCAUCACCCUGUUUGCCGUUUUUGGUACGGCAAUUUCUGCUUUUGUAGUAGGAGGAGGAAUUUAUUUUCUGGGUCAGGCUGAUGUAAUCUCUAAACUCAACAUGACAGACAGUUUUGCAUUUGGCUCCCUAAUAUCUGCUGUCGACCCCGUAGCUACUAUUGCUAUUUUCAAUGCCCUUCACGUGGACCCAGUGCUCAACAUGCUGGUUUUCGGGGAAAGUAUUCUCAACGACGCAGUCUCCAUUGUCCUGACCAACACAGCAGAAGGCUUAACAAGAAAAAAUAUGUCAGAUGUCAGUGGGUGGCAAACGUUUUUACAGGCCCUUGGCUACUUCCUUAAAAUGUUCUUUGGCUCAGCAGCUCUCGGCACUCUCACUGGCUUAAUUUCUGCAUUAGUGUUAAAGCACAUUGACUUGAGGAAAACACCUUCCUUGGAGUUUGGCAUGAUGAUCAUUUUUGCAUAUCUUCCUUACGGGCUUGCAGAAGGAAUCUCCCUCUCGGGCAUUAUGGCCAUCCUGUUCUCGGGCAUCGUGAUGUCCCACUACACGCACCAUAACCUCUCCCCGGUCACCCAGAUCCUCAUGCAGCAAACCCUGAGGACCGUGGCCUUCCUGUGCGAAACAUGUGUGUUUGCAUUUCUUGGCCUGUCCAUUUUUAGUUUCCCUCACAAGUUUGAAAUUUCCUUUGUCAUCUGGUGCAUAGUGCUGGUACUGUUUGGCAGAGCGGUGAACAUUUUUCCCCUUUCCUACCUCCUGAAUUUCUUCCGUGAUCAUAAAAUCACACCAAAGAUGAUGUUCAUCAUGUGGUUUAGUGGCCUGCGGGGCGCCAUCCCCUAUGCCCUGAGCCUGCACCUGGACCUGGAGCCCAUGGAGAAGCGGCAGCUCAUCGGCACCACCACCAUCAUCAUCGUGCUCUUUACCAUCCUGCUGCUGGGUGGCAGCACCAUGCCCCUCAUCCGCCUCAUGGACAUUGAGGACGCCAAGGCACGGCGCCGGAGCAAGAAGGAUGUCAACCUCAGUAAGACGGAGAAGAUGUUCAGGUCCUGCACGCACACUUGGCGGAGCAGGGCUCCCGUCGGACCAGGCUGUCUCCUGAGAAUCGAAGUGGCUGCUGUCGGCUGCCCUCUGUGCUGCAGGCACCGCUUCCCCUUCCCUUGGGCUGUCUCAGGUCAUCCUGAUAACCUGCAGGAAGCAGAUGUUCUCAUUGUCCCAUUUUAUAGACCAGAGCACUGAGGCCCAGAGAGGCCAAAUCAAGGGCCCGAGGUCACACAGCUGCCCACUGGUAGAGCUGGAUUCAGACUCCAGAACUGUGCACCACUGCACUGCAUCAGUAGCUCCCCAAGUGAACCAGCAGCAUCGCCUGGAAAUUUGUUAGAAAUGCAAUUCCUCAGGCCCUGCCCAGACCUCUGCAGGUGGGCCUGGCAGUCUGUAUCCACAAGGCCUC